AUGAAGUCUGGCGAUGUAAGAAAUUUUAGGUUGGGGAAUGAGGGAGAACUACGCUUUAUGAGAAGACUGUAUGUUCCCAAUGAAGAAGAUCUGAGGAAGGAGGUCUUGAAGGAAACUCACCAAAGACCCUUUUCAGUUCACCCGGGAAGUGUAGAGAUGUAUCAAGAUUUGAGGAGCAUAUUUUGGUGGCUAAGUAUAAAAAGGGAGAUCAUAAUUAGUAAUGAGGUGUUUAACCUGCAGAGGGUCAAGGCUGAAUAUCAAGUUCCCUUAGGUAAAUUGUGUUCAUUGGAGAUCCCAGAAUGGAAGAUGAACUUGAAAAAGUACGUGCCUUUAGCAGAGUUGACGUACAACAACAGUUAUCACGACAGUUUGGGCAUGUCAUCUUUUAAGGUGCUGUGUGGGAGAAAGUGUCGAUCACCAGUUUGCUGGUUGGAGCUUAGUGAGAUGAAAUUGGUUGGCCUAAAACUAGUCUGCAAAACAGAAGAUAAAGUAAUGGUCAUCAAGAACCAUUUAAAGAUUGCUCAAGAUAGCCAAAAAGCAUAUACAAAUAGGAAAAGGAAAGAUGUGUCCUAUGAAUUUUGCGACAAGGUGUUUCUUAAGGCUUCACCUUGGAAGAAGAUUAUUCGCUUUGGGUUAAAAGGGAAACUUAGCAUAAGAUUCAUCAGGCCUUAA